CUAAUAUCCACGGCUUCGAUCCUGAAUAGCAGAAAAAAUGACAACGGUUCAUCCUUCCUUGGCCUCCUCUGGGCCUGUUGACGUUUUCGCUUGGAGUGAUGGUCACACGCCGCCCUGUGGCGGUGGCGGCAGGUCGACGUCCUCCGCAGCUUUAGUCGAUUCGGAGGGCGGGUUUCAUCCUGUCUUGAUGCGCAACUUUGACGACGUCGUUCGUCUCACAGAGCUAGCAUUACGCAACUACAGGGCAAAAGUUGUAGAUGGAGCAGGCGUCGGACGAGCUGGAGGACCGCCUCGAGAUUUAGUAGGCGGUGAACAAGAUCGUGGUGACGAACACAUCAUCAUAAACACAAAUACAGCAACAAGCAAUAGUACGAAUACUUCUUUUGUCCAUAGCAGUACACGGGAGUAUCGAAUAGGUCUCGAGCAUCGUGGUUGGAAGCUCAUACCUGUUGGGCCAGAUUCCUAUGGCCUAGUUGCAUACAAUCCGAACAAAAAUCUGGUUGUCGUGACCUUUGCGGGCUCCUGCUGCCAACAAGAUUGGGAGACGAACUUGCACUGUCGGCCGACUCCAUGGGCGCGACUCGCUGAUGCUGAAGAUGGUACUGAUAUGGCGGAGCAGCACGACGGAAGGGCCAAUCAUGUGCACAUUGGUUACCUGUCUCGAUACGAAAAUUUCUUGAGGGAAGAUAUCCUUCGACUCCUGAGCCCGCAAGGAAUUGGUAAGCAGGUGAACGAGAAGACGCGAAUACUGUGCUGUGGGCAUAGCUGUGGAGGUGGCAUGGCACAGUUAGCAAUUUGGGAUAUUGUACUAUCCAUUUGAAUUAUUUAUUACUCUGAUUCGUCAAAUUGAAUUGCUUACUAGCAGGUGAGAGCAGGAAAACAGAGUCGUGCUCUACUAUCUGUAACUGAGGUACAACUUUGACUUUCGCUCAGCUAGGUAGGAAGGUGGAGGUGGUGCCAUUUCUUCGAAUAUAUGUUUUUUUCCACUUCGAGAAGUUCCAAUGGCACUUCAUCUUUUGAUUCUCAUUAUAAGUAGUCUUAGUCAUGAUCAUGAUCAAGAUGUCAUAGGUCACCGUCGUCGGCUCUGCAUGGUUCGGCAGCAACUGGGACAACGUUUCUCAGCCGCGUGUCUUCGGCUACUUUAUAGCAGCUGCCCCGUCCAUUACAACGAACGCGGGAGGAGGUGGUGCGCUCGCAAAAAUAUCAGCAGCCGUGGGCCCGGCCAACAUGAUUUCGCAAUUUGCUGAGAGGGAUCUGGUAGAUUCGAUGAUGAAACUAAAUUUUUUCUUUUACAGUACUUUCUUCUUGUUGAUGCUUGUUGCAUUCCUUGUAAGUAGUUCGGACUCGUCGCCUUCUACUUUUUCCAAUUUUUUUCGCAGCUCGCCGGUUCCGGCUGGGAUGCAACGAUUGCAGCCCUAAUUCGUAUGUUGCAGCGGACCGCAGAGCGAGAUCCCGCAGCAGCUGACUUGAUCGAACAACUUCGAGGUAUCGAUUGGCUCUCUGAGCUGGGAUCGUACAGACCACUAGGCAAGAUCUUAAUCCAGACGGUAUCUGGAGUUCUAGCUUGUGCGGGACCCGCGGCGUCAACGAGUGACCUGCUUGGCUUUUAUCUCGACAUGUCUGAUGUGUAUGGCAGAACACUAUAAAAAUGUCGUAUAUUUAUAUAAUUACACACAGGUGGUCGUCAUACUCAUAGUAUUUAAGCAGGAUUGCGCUGGAGGUUCAGGUUCAUUCCGCUAAAUGAUUACUUGUGCCAUGGUUUGAUAGAAGGCAAAGUUUCAGCUUCUAUUCUGGUAUAGUAGGUAUGGAAGUCGAACUUUUAGUUCCAGCAUCAGUACAACGUGCUUAUCUUCGGCCUUUCUUGAAGAUUAAUUCUGAGGGGAGCGUAGCACGCGUGGCUCCGCAGAGGACGACGAGGAGCUUUUUGUUUGGGGUACCUUUCGUGCAGCUCUAUCGGCGAUCGGCCUCAGCGCUCACUUAGGCGGUGACGGUGGGGGAACCGAAUUUUUGAGAUGGAUUGUGGAAACGCCCUCAACUGCACUCCUAUAUCGCGGGGAGCGUUUCGCAGAGCGACGUGGCUUUGUCACAACCGUAUCCGGAACACCGCCAAUACGAACAGGAACAGGCAUAAGUAGUAAUGAUACUUCAUCUGCGGUGAUGGACGAGGCAGCUGGAGGACUUAUUCCCUCUUCUUCAUACGUACAUGCAGCUGAAGCAGAAGAUAUUCAUACAAGAACAACCAACUACGAUCACCCCGCGACGUUAUCAGCUAGAAGAGGAUUUGGUCGUGCAGCACACGAUGAAGGCGCGUCGACAUCAUCUACCGCACAGACAGGCGGUCCCGAAGCCAUUGCAGCACCCGCAACCACUGUGUCUAAAACCUCUGUGUUUUCGUCAGAGCAGCUUGCUGUCCCACAGCAGCAGCGAACGGCGUCGCUUCUAACGGGGAUCGUGCCUGUGUCCGCAGGUAAGCAUCAGAUGAUGGGAGCGUCUCUGUCGUCGCCGGGGUUGAUCUUUCCACCUGCAGCAAUAGUAGCGAGUCAGAACCUGUUUGGUCCUUCAGUGGCGAUGCCAAUCAUGCCAACGAUUAACGUCCCUGGAGGUGGUGCAUCGUCUUCAGCAGCUGCAGCGCCACUUCUCGGACGUCCAAUUUCUGUGUCGGGGACACCGCAGAAUCAGCCACAUCAAACGACGUUCGCUGCUUCGUCACGGGCAGAAGACGAUCAAGAAGACCCGGCGGGAGCAGGUGGCUUCGAACAAAAGAGUGCGGAUGGCCGUGAGCAAUCUCAACCUGUCGAAGAUCAAGCAAGUCCUCCAGGACGACAACAGCAGGCCCAGGAGCUUUCGACAUCACAACGACCGCCUUUACUUGAAAACUACCCACAGCAAAAACUAGUUCACGACGACCAAGCACUGCUAUCGUCCCGGUCUGCGGUUACGUACCACUAUGGAGGAGAAGUCAUCAAUAGUCGGCCUCGGCGAUCUUUGGGUCCACGAAGUACCUUCCAUGGGACCCGUGCUGGUUCAGGUGGGCUGCUUCCACCGCAGAUCCUUCCGACCAAGGUCGUGCCUGCACACAAGGUGCUUGUUUUAUUUCGUUUUGUUUCAACUUCAACAUUACAAAAUGUUGAACGUUUUGAAAUGUUAAUAUCUGAAGAAAUGCGCACCCUCAUACUUACCGCACAACCUGGAAAAUGAAAUUGGAUUCUUUGAGAGGUCCAAGGUGACGAACUUCCCAAUCCUUUAUUUCUGCACGCCCUACUAAAUUCAACUACACCAACAGCUUCCCGCGCCUGCAAUUAGUACUGCUAUCGGAUUAUCCCCAUACGAAGCUUCUGUGCAGACACCGAUGACGUCUUCAUCCACUGGAGUUCCGCACAUGCAUCCUGGAUUGACACGGCCCCAGUUGGAGCAGCCACAAGUGAAAAAGCCUAAGUUGCGAAAGUUUGUUUUCGUGGAUGAAAGUGUGGGAGCGGGAGGAGGUUUGAGUGGUGCAGGAACUGAUACAACGAUAACACCUGCUCUCGGCGGCUCCUCGUCGUCGUCUAAUCACGGUGCACAAGCGACCGGUACGACUACAUCAAUGAUGAACUCAAGAACAGCAUCAUCAAACACUCCUGGAGGUGCUGAGCAUAUGACCACGACUUCUCACCAGCUACAACAACUGGGUGGAAAUUCAAUGUUGCCAGCUCAAAGUUGGCCCUUCAGUGCAGCCACGCCUUCGUGUGGGAUAUACGCAGGCGCUGCGGGGGCGCCGUUCAAGAGCGAGGCAGCAAGUGGACUCCAAGUAAAAUCCAAAUCAGUAUCAAUUUGUUGAAGAGCAGGGCGAUGUAGAUCAUGGACGACCGGCGUAACUUCUUCUAGUUCAAGUUCAUGUAGUUGAUGUUGUUUUUUUGUGUAGCUAUGAUCUUCACAUCAUCAAGUAUGGAAAUGAUUGCAUUCUAAUAUGCAUUCUCAACAUCCAUUACUACGUACUUUUGUAGGUGCCGAGUCGCGUAGGAGCUGACUUUCCGAAAUUGCAAGCUAUGUUGCCUUCUUUCCGCGACAAACUCGAGGCAGGACAGCAGUAUUUCCGAAGGUUCUAACUUCUAAAAUGCAUGGCGCAUUCAUUGCGAUUGAGGACGUUUUGACCACGCUCUUAGCAGGAGAAGUAUGAGCGCAUGAAUUACCAGCAAAAUAUCGCGAUCUCGACUCUAGAGAAUUCGAGUUCAUUUUUAUUUUUCAACGAAUACUUAAUAAAUAAAGCAUGACUUGCGUUUCUAGUAUAGACUCUCAGCGGAAAAUCUUCAGUAGGAUGCACUGGGAGAAUCGUGCCCAUAUGGAUCGCACCGCUGAAGGGGCUUGCGCCCCUGGUGGUGGAUGCCGCAGCGCCUCUGCCCUUCCACGUGAUUCCUGGCGCGAGGAUGUGCCGCAUAGCACCGGAGCACCUUGCGCGUGGUGUGUGUGUGUUUGUAGAGUCGGCGACCUCCGUUGCGGCCAGAGGCGUGUCGCUGGCCCUCUCCAGUUUCUCGCGUCUCCCUUGGGCGCUCAGGUUCAGGCGCUGCUCCCGGAGCUAGGUCCGCGGAGAGAAAGCGAGUCGCGCUGGGGCGCCCAGGCCUGGAUUCCUUGGCUGAUGCGAUGGGUGUGGCAAUUGUUAUGCCAUUGCGAGCGCCCUCGGCAUGCGCUUUUCCUGCUUGUGGGGCAGGAGAGUGGUUGGAGCUGCAGAGGGCCUCAGGCAUUUGCCAGUCUCAGGACCCGGAAAAGUCUGGCGUCUGCGUCAGACGCCAGGAUUCUCGAGCGCCUAAGAAUUUCUGAGACCUGGCAAAAGUCUGGCGUCUGCGUCAGACGCCAGGACUUUCCCGGUACGGCUACCGACCCAGUGCACCCCACUGGGUCGGUGCCCGUACCCGUAAAACACCUGGCGUCUGACGCAGACGCCAGACCUUUGCCAAGUCUCAGAACGAAGUUGUGAGGCGUGGCGCGAAAGUCCGAGCGUCUGCCGCACAGCUAAGCCCUCGGGGGCACGAUGAAACUGCGACUACGCACUGCGGCGCCUGUCGUGGCGCUACCUGUAGCUUCGUCUACAGGUCCGUAGUUGGACGCAUCGGCCGGCGGGCCCUGCAGCCGUGCUUUUGACUCUGGGGUUGGGGUUCACCUGGCAGGCUCGCGUGGCAGCUCUUCGGCCUCUUGCUCUCCGGGGUGUCUGGCCGUGCCUUCUCGUUGGAGUCACAGUUGGUGCGCUGAUGGGGCUUGUCGUUGUUUGCGUGGGCGGCCGGACUGUCUGGUGUCGGUGCGUGGUCAGGGCAGCGCGAAUUUUGUCCUGACUGCGAGAGGGGUAACGGGUCCAAGCUCGGAGGUUUAUCGUUUUGAAACUAAGGGGGGCCCGCCUAGCUUGAUGGCCCUCUGGGCCGCGGGGUUGCGGUGCUCUGCGUCUACAGCUGUAGUUAGCCCAUCUGCCUCAGUAUCCCUUACUGAAGGUUUUCCGCUGAAAAUGCACGCAUUUCCCAAAGUCAUGAAAUAAAGAUAAAGAAUAAGAAACAGCAACAACAGUUGUACUAUUAUAUAUAAAACCUAGAGAGUACUAUUAGUACUCCAUUAUUGUGAUACUAGCUGGUAGAUCACAUUGUUCAGGCACUGCGACCAUAGAUAUUGACCAUAUUUAUUAACAUCAGAAACGAUGUAAGUUUCUCUUCAAGGUGUAAAGUAAGAUCAUGAGCAAGACCGCUCGUCCUGACACUUUCCACUAUGCGUGGCACAAGUCAGCAUUAGCAAUUUUGAGUACUAUAAUCGUCAACAUCGUCGUUCUUCAACAUCUUCAAAUGCUGGCACAGACUUCCUCGAGUUUCUGGAUAUGUACAGAUGAAAAGCUCUUAUCACUCUUGUGUGCUGCUCAUGACAGCUACAGCUUAGAGUUACAACAUUUAAUGACAAGUUGAAUAGCCCCAUUUUGAUACCCCUUACUUUGUGAGCAAAAAUAUGGACAGAUUUAUAGAACUCGUUCUGCUGGAGCAGGUACUACUAUGCCAUGAGGGCCUGUCCACCUGAAGUGACCUAUUCAUUGAACAUCGUCCUUCAACCUUUGUAUCAUCGCGAAAGAGCAAGUGACAAAGCAACUUUUACCAUCCUACGAAGCAACGCCGACUAUCGAGGUGCAAGUGGAGCAACAGGAAGCAGCGGAGCAAGAAGUUAAACUUACAACAUCAAAAACAGGUCACCUGGUGGACG